AUGGAAGCCGGACUGUGUACGUUUGAGCAACCAUCAAACCCUGGCAGGGUGAACUGGAGAGGUAGGAGAUGCAGCAGUGCCGAGGGCGAGUCAUGGGGAGUACGGGCCGUCGCAGAGGACACCAGUGGUAUCGUGGGCACGACAUGGCCGCCGCGCUCGUACGCGUGCACGUUCUGCCGUCGCGUGUUCAGAUCCGCUCAGGCACUGGGCGGCCAUAUGAAUGUUCACCGCCGCGAACGUGCCAGGCUCCGGCAGUCAUGCACCUCCUGGUCCUCAGCUCAUGCAAGUGCAGCAUUUCCGCCGCCGCCGCCGGCACCACCGGAAUUUUCUGCCGUUGGUGGAGGCGUAUUUCUCGUCUACUCCAUCGGUGCAGGUACCGGCGAGGUCUUUGUGCCGUCGAUGAGUUCUUCAGCGUUCGUGUCAAGUUCACCUUAUCACCGGAAUGGAUCAGCCGCCUCCUGUGGUACGAGCAAGGAAGGAGGCGACGAGGGGCUGGUGGUGGAAGAGCUGGAUUUGGAGCUUCGACUUGGAAGAUGA